CAAAUUUUGUCAUCUAAUCAAAACAAAAUAUAUACGUAAUAUUAUUUUGAGUAUUUAUAUUUUUUUUCUGGCAAAUAAUGAAUUGCACCAGGAGCAACUACUUGCCGCUCAGAAAAAAUGCUGUAGUUCAGCGCAGUCUCGAUUUGCGCCUUCGUGGUGCUCAAGCCAAAACCAAUUUUAAAAUAUGUUUCUUUUACUUAGUGAUUCUGUCGAUUCUCCUCUUGGACAUUUGGCAGCUGCAUUACUCAUGCAACAGGACAUACUGGAGGUUCCAAGCGGAGUGCAUCAUUUGCAUCAUUAUUGCUCUGAAUGCACUUGCCUGUUUCGGCAAAUAUUUGUGGCUAAUAUGUGGCGGUUACCAAGUGGUUGGGACGGAAAACCAAAAGUGCCUGCUGGAUGGCAAGAAUGAGAACAGUUUUGGAACAGUUUUUGUUCGACCGGUGAUGAAAGCUAAGUGUUACAAAAUGUGUAAUGAUAUAAAUGACGACAUGCCCAUUGUCCAGUGGCAUUCCUCCUUCAUCAACUCCUGUAGGCGGAAAAAGAACGAUUGUUUAUUGUCGUUAAAGAAGGAUUGGCGAAAGAACACCUGCAAGUCACCGUAUGAGGAGGUUUGCCGGGAAGAUUUUAUAACCGAUAUCCGAAAAUUACCUGCUUUAAUAAGACGGGCAAAGCGGGAACGCAACAUGUCGGACGACUCGGAAAAGCUAUAUAUCCAGAGCCAAUUACUUUGGAACUACAGAAAAUAUGCGACGUCUAAAAAAAACACCACCUACGAUUUUACUCCACUACCAGAAAAGAAUUUUGGUGGUUGCGAUUCGGAAUUCGCAGAGCCUAUCGCCCCAAACAAACUAUUGCAGUGUGUGGCCAACCUGAGAUUUUGGAUUUCCACUACUAUUCUGCAGCGUUUGGUCAACGAGAUCGAAUAUGUAGAUGAGGUGUUCCAACAGUGUGGCCUAAACGACCUUAAAAUAGGGGCAAUGAGUCAGAAGAGGCUGCGUUUAAUAGCCGAGAACCAGGAGUUUGUGAAAUCCCAUGUUCCCAUGUUCCCCAUGCUGUUGGCCUUUUUGGACGGCUUCAGUAAUCAGGAGUACCUGGUGCAGCGCAUCAAGGAGCUAUCGAAGGGCACCUAUAUAGAAGACUAUCGCUGGAAUUCGGGCAGGGCAAGCUAUGGUCAGGAGUGGCAGGGAAACCUGCCCACAGAUGCAGCCAUAGUUUUCCAUUUAUUUUGCGUUUAUUUGGACAGCCAGUUGAUGCCAUUGCCGCAAGGCGCUGGACAGCGCCCUUUCUUCUCUCGAUAUGUGAUUAUUCGGGAUGAGAAACCCGACAAGGACAUCGUGUCCUGUGUGAAAAACAAGGCAAACUGCGCUAUCUUGGCCACCGACAGUCAACAGCCCAAUCCCAAGUUCAACCUUAUCAGCAAAUUCAAACUGCAAGAUUGCCUAUACGACUCGAACAACCUGUUUUAUGUAAUUAUCCAAUUUUUGACCUACAUGCAAAACGAGCAAGGAUCCGUCUUGGAAUCUGUCAACCUGGGCAAAAGCGGCAUCAACAUCAUGGACGUCAUCGAAAAUAAUUUCCAAGUGGAAUAACUGUUUAAUAUAUCUGUUUAAAAUUUUUAUUUUUAAAUUUCUUAUUCGUUACUAUUAUU